AUGCCAACUAUUGCUGAUUGUAUGCCUAGAGACAGGUUCCUCACUCUCAGAAGAGCACUGCAUGUUGUGGACACUAACAACAUUCCACGUGAAUCAGAAACUAAUAGAUUGUUGAAAGUACAACCUGCAAUUAAUGUUGUACGCAGUGCUUGUUUGAGACUUCCACGCCCCUCUGAAAAUGAUUAUUCCACUGAUGAGCAAAUGGUACCAUUUACUGGACGCUGCACAUUGUCUCAGUAUGUUCCAAACAAACCGCGACCUUUGGGAAUUAAAAACUUUGUUUUGGCAACAACGAAAGGUUUAGUACUUGAUUUUGAAUUUUAUCAAGGUAAAUCAACUCCUCUGCCAGAUGUUGGCCUUGGUCUUGGGCCAUCUAUAAUACUUCGCCUUGCUCAAACAUUACCUCAAGGUGCAAGACUAUAUUUUGACAGAUAUUUUACAGCUUUGCCAUUAUUGCAACAGUUACUUGACCUAGGGCUGGAAGGAACAGGAACCAUAAUGAAAAACAGAGUGAAACCAGUUCACCUGACAGAAGAAAAAAAGAUUGAAGAGAGGAUAUAUGGAAGAAUUCUGCACGGACGAUGA